CCCACGCCCAGGUCCUGGGAGACCUCCGCAGCCCGGCCCAGUGCGGCCGGGCAUAAAGGUCCCCGCGGAAGGCGGGGGCGCAGCGAUCCUCCCAUCCUUUGCGUGGGGACCAGACCAGCCGACUCAGCUCCCGCCACCACUUCUGCGAGGUCCAGGAGUCAGAGAGCGGGUUUCCUGCGCGGGCCAGCGGACGUGGAAAGAGGAAAGGGAUUUCCACCUUCGGGGCUGGCGCCCUCUUGCUCUUUCUGUUUGGCUCCUUGAGGGACGAUGGUGAGCCCGACGGCGUCGGAGGUGCACCCCACCAUGGGGGUCAAGAUCUUCUCCGCCGGAGUGGCGGCCUGUUUGGCCGAUGUGAUCACCUUUCCGCUGGACACGGCCAAAGUCCGCCUGCAGAUUCAAGGCGAAAGCCAGAUCUCCAGCGGUAUUCAGUAUAAAGGUGCCCUGGGAACUAUCACCACUCUGGCAAAGACCGAAGGGCCCAUGAAACUAUACAGCGGGCUGCCCGCGGGCCUGCAGAGGCAAAUAAGCUUCGCCUCUCUCAGGAUCGGCCUCUAUGACACGGUCCAGGAGUUCUACACCUCGGAGAAAGAUAUAACACCUAGUUUGGGAAGUAGGAUCGCAGCUGGCUUAACCACUGGAGGAGUGGCUGUAUUCAUCGGGCAGCCCACAGAGGUCGUGAAAGUCAGACUCCAAGCACAGAGCCAACUACAUGGCCUCAAACCACGCUACACUGGGACUUACAAUGCUUACCGAAUUAUAGCAACAACAGAAAGCUUGAAAAGUCUUUGGAAAGGGACUACUCCCAAUCUAUUGAGAAAUAUUAUCAUCAAUUGCACGGAGCUAGUAACAUAUGACCUGAUGAAGGGUGCCCUUGUGAGAAACAAGAUACUAGCAGAUGAUGUCCCCUGCCACUUACUGUCUGCUCUUAUCGCUGGGUUUUGCACAACGCUUCUGUCCUCUCCAGUGGAUGUGGUGAAAACUAGAUUUAUUAAUUCUCCACCAGGACAGUACAUAAGUGUGCCCAGCUGUGCAAUGACCAUGCUCAAAAAGGAACGAUGGACAGCUUUUUUCAAAGGAUUUGUGCCUUCGUUCCUGCGACUUGCAUCCUGGAAUGUUAUUAUGUUUGUGUGCUUUGAGCAACUGAAGCGUGAGUUGACGAAGUCAAGGCAGCCCACAGACUACGCCACAUAAUCAGCUUCCAGAAAAGGAUUUGGCAUACAUGGGGGAAUCUUUGCUGAUGGAGCAUUAAUAAAAAUAAAACCCAAAACAUUCCUUUUUAUUUUGUUUCACCCUAAAAAGAUAAAUUCUGGUAGGAAUUUGAAAAUUUAAAUUCUUUUUGGUAAGAAAGUUUGGGACUUUCUUUUCUUUUUUUUUUAAAAAAAAAAUAAAACUAAUUAUUUUGCAUUAUUUUAUUCUGAGUGCCUUAAAGAGAGAAAAGUAUAACAUUCAGUGUACACCAUGGCAAAUGAAUGCCUAUAGUAACUGCAUUUGAUUGAUCACUUUAGGGAUGGAAUUCUACGAGUGAAUAUGAAGAACUUUAACAUGUUAGAAAGGGAAAACUGAGUGGAGUGCUUCUUACAUUUUUAAAUACUUUAAAAUGAAUUUAUCAAAGAAAAUAUCACUGUUUCCUUUUAUUUAUUAACCACAGUUGUCAGUUAAUGUAUUCAAUA